GAAAGGGACAGACAGACACAAUAAGAUUUUUAUUUCACUUUAUUUCCCCUUUUGAGAAAUAAUUUAGAAAAUAUCAGAAUAGAACUAAAUUCAUUGUAACAACAUUUCAGCUGCUGUUGGUUAAGAAUCACAAAAUGUCUGACCGUGGGAGCAGUGAAGCUGAAGGAGACGGACACCAUAGGGUUAAUUUAUUAGUGGAAUUCAAAGUACAGAGAAACCUGCUAUAAAAUGAUGUUUUUAGAAAUGUGUAUAAUCUCUGUACAGCGCUACAGAAUGUGUCAGUGCUAUAUAAAUAGUUCUAUUUACUGAAUACUGUGCUGUACUGCCCCCUGCUGGCCAUUUGUUUGUAAGAAUCCUACAUUUCCAUUGUACAUGUAACAAGCAGAAUCGGCUUCUUUCUGCCAGGGGUCACGUGACCAUGAUUGGCAGCAAUGACAUCACAAUGCCCAUGAGUGCUGACAUCACAAUGGAGCCCAGCGGGUAUCAGGGCUGCUCACAGCCGGGACUGGCAGAUCAGCGAUUGCAGCCAACAUGAAAUCACUGAUCUUCACACUUUUGAUUUUUACCGGAUUUUUACGAGAAAGACCUAUCAAUGACGAUGAUGAGAAAUUCUAUUAUGGGACUGAGCCAGUAGCCCACGCUGUGCCCGGGCCAGUUUGCCCAGUGCCCAUAGAAAGGAACAAAGAGGAGUUCCAGUGCGGCAAUACCCAGUUUGUACAGGAGAAGCCCGAGCCGCUGCCCCUGCUCAUUCCUGGGGAUAUAACAUGUGAUGGCUUGCUGUGUCCCAUUCUACCUACAGCGGGUCAGAACCCAAACCCACAGCCAGAUCUGAGCGGCGCCAUCAUGCAGGAUUUCCUACCAAUUCUGCCUUAUAUCAAGCGCCUCUUCCGUGAUACCGAGCAGCAGCCUAGUAUGGAGGAGAUCCUUAUGGACUUUUUGUCUCCACAAACCCUCAUCCUCAUCCUACUGGAACUCUCUUGUCUGUAUAUUUGGGACAAAAUGAAGGCACAAGAGGCCGGAGAUGGUGCCUGUGCCGGGACAGAGAGUGAAGGGGAACAGAGCGCGGCUAUAAAGCCCCAUAACCAUGAGGAAGAUGAGGAGGAAGAAGCGCUACAAAUGAGAGAAAGCACAAAGCGGAAGCCUAGAACCGCUAAAGUUUUCUUUUCGCGGAAAAAGCAAAUCUGUUUUUCUAACGAACAUCAAGGAUCAAAGCCUAAAGGGAAACGUCUGGGCUUUAAUGUUAGAAGGUGUUUGUGUCGCAGCCCAAGGGAAACAGAGAGAAAGAGAAGAACGAGAGGAGAAGAGAAGAGGGAAUUCCAGCAGCUUUCCCUACAGUUCCUGAGCCUGUGCCUGGGGGGGGAUUGCUGAAGAGCUCUAUCCCUCCGGCUAAGGGCAUGAGAAGCACAAACUGAAUGAAAUACAGAGACAGUGGGUGGGAGGGAGGAUAAACACGUCCCCUAAUGUUCCUGCCCAUAACUGGCACGGUGACCCCCAACCAACAGGGAUCAUGUACAGGGGGCGGAGUCUCUGGGCUUAAACACAUGUCACUAAGUCAAUAUAUUUGCAGCAUUUUAUGACUUUGUUAUCUUGCUUUUUCCCAAAAUGUUCUCACUGCUCUGAUGUGGUGAAGAGCAUUUUUAAUAAAAUAUGAAAU